AUGUUCAACAAACAACAAUUUCCGCAAAAUGUCAUUCAAAGUGAGUUAUUAAAUUAUUUCAUUAUAUUCCUUAAUACAAAAUCAAAUCCUAUUAUUUUUUUUUCAUUACAGCUUGUACUUGCUUUAACUAUUGUGGCCACAGUUGCAGCUGGAUACGUUCCACUACAACAUCAACAGGUUUACCAUGCUGAGCCUGUUUAUCAUGCUGCUCCUGUGGAACAUCAUGUUGUACCUGUAGCCCACAAGGUCUACACCAAAACUGUUGAGGAAUACGAUUCACAUCCUCAGUACAAGUUCUCUUAUGGUGUCGAUGAUAAAGUAACAGGAGACUCAAAGAGUCAACAUGAGGAACGUGAUGGCGAUGUUGUACAUGGUCAAUAUUCUCUAAUCGAUGCCGAUGGUUACAAGCGUACUGUCACCUACACCGCUGAUGACCAUAAUGGUUUCAAUGCCGUAGUACAUCGUGAACCUUUAGUUAAAGUAGCUCAUGUUGCUCCCGUUGCCGUUAAGACCCAUUAUGCUCAUGUUCCAGAAGUAGCCAGUUAUCACACUGCUGCUCCUUCUUACUAUAACAACCAUCAUCAUUAAAUUGGACUAAUGAAUUGUAACGUUGUAAAUUAAUCAUAAUCAUCAUCAUGGGAACUUGCCGCAGUAUUUUGUUAUUUA